AUGGUGAUUUGUACGUGUGGAAGUGUUACUGUGAGAGUCACAUAUUGGACGGACCUCAACCCAGGAAGGCGAUUCUGGUCUUGUGCUCGAAAUGGUCGAAGUUGUCCAUUUCUUGGGUGGGUGGACGAUCCGAUGUGCCAUAGAGUUGUGGAGGUGAUUCCUAGCUUGCUGAGGAGAAUGAACAAUGUUCAAAUGCUGUUGAUUCAAGCUCGUGCAGAUGUUGUGAAGCUCAAGUGGAUGCUUAUUCUGUCUUGGAAUAUUGGAAUGGAAUGGAAAGAGUUGUGUCCAUUUAUCAAAGAUUGGAAUGGAAUGAGAAAAAUAGAAGAUCAAAACCCUAUAAGUAAACAAUGGAAUGGAAUGUGUUUUGGUCAUUUAUCAAACAAUGGAAUGGAAUGA